AUUUUGUCAAGACACUUUCCCUAUGCUGAAUUGAACUAUUCUGAACCACUUUUCGGAGUCUUGAAUGAGUCAAAUCGAGUUAGUUUUCUGUCCAUAUUUUUCCCACUAGCUUCUCAUAUGCUAGCACUCAUUCAUUGCACUCCUCAACAUUCCCCCAGAUGGUGGUGUAACUGCUGGUCGUAACUGAAUCCAGAGAGUCCAGAACAAAACAAGCAUGGCUGCCUCAACAACGCCUGUUGAUGGCCAAUUUUGGCGAAGUACGCUGAUUCUCCGUUUACAAAAUAGAAAUAAAUCUGAAAGCUACGCAUUUAAAGAUCUUAUAGCUUUUCAUAACCGACUUUUUGAAAGCUCCAACGCUCUCCGUGCCGAAAAUCUGCAAUUAUCAGUUCAGAAUGAGAAGUUACGGCUCGAGCACAGCGCUUCUACUGAUAAGGCCUCAAGCGACAAUAGUGGCAAUGGAUCAAGCAAAAGUCCGAAUAGGAAUGAAAAGGUACAGGUACUGGAACAGAAACUCCUCAGUCUACAAGAGGAGCUGACAGAAAUGCAUCGCAGAAAAGGUGAAAAUGCUCAGCAGCUAGUUGAUUUGAAUUUAAAGCUUCAAGAGAAAGAGCGGCAGUUGCAAUCUAAGGAAGCAAGCUUUUCAGAAUGCCAGGCUGAAAACAGCUCUCUUAAAAGGGACAUACAGGAUUAUCAAACAAACAUCAAGAAACUUGAAAAUUUAAAUCAGAUAAUUCGUGAUGAAUAUCAAGCUAACCAACUAGCCUUUGCUGCCCUAGAAGAAAAGCUCCGUAAAACUCAGGAUGAAAAUAGGCUUCUUGUUGAGCGCCUUGUUCGCUACAAGUCUAAAGAUGCUGACAAAAUGAAUGAGGACAAUGAAAACUUUCUGAGUGGUGGGAGCCAUAAUACAACUUCUUCUCUCUUACAUACCAUUGAUGGUCUGUUUAGUAGGAAAAAACAGGCCAAGGUUCAAAAAGAACUUGAAGACGCAGCAAAGGAAUCGCGUGCCGUUUCUCCUGAAAGUACUUUUGGUGAUAGGGGAGAUCUUGGUGCGAACCCAUUUUUUGCAUCUAAUGUUCCGUCCAAGGCCAUUAGCAAGUUUGAGGCCCAUGACCAAGAAAUUAAUGCUGUGAAAUGGAGUUCGCUCGAACGAUUAGUUGCCACUGGAGGGGCGGACCGUAAAGUGAAGCUAUGGGAUAUUUCCAAAGGAGGACAGCACGAGAGUAAGGGAGUGCUCGUGGGCAGCAACGCAGCCGUCAUGUCAAUCGAUUUCGACUCGACGGGGAGUCUCAUCCUGGGUGCCUCCAACGACUUCGCGACGCGCGUCUGGACUGUCUCGGAUCAUCGAUUAAGGGUGCGUGUGCUGCAGUCUGCAGGUGUAUGGCCGAGUGAGUGCACACAUUCCAAUUGCUACGCAAAUACCAUCCUUUCGCCUCAUACACUUUUGCGUGGUUAAAACGAACACACACAGACAAAUAACCAGCGGGGAGGUGAGUGGUGCGAGGGGUCCUUCAGGAGUGUAAUCAGGGGAGGUAGUGAAAUAAAGAGAGAGAAAUGUGGAAGAAAUUAGGAAAGCAAGAGGUCGACUUUUCCAGAAAAAUUGAAGUGUUAAGAUGUUGACGGUUGAUCCCGGUUCAUAUCGGC